CGAGCGGGAGCGGGCGGGCUCGGGGCGCCGAGCAAGAGCCGAGCCCCCCUAAAUCCCCCCGCACCCCGACUAUGCUAAAUGUAACCGGGGAGCUCUCAGGUGACUCUUGGGGGAUCUUCACCUUCCUGUGCGCCGCGCUUUGCAACCUGCCGGCGCUGCCGGCGCUGAACUGCUCCGAGGAGCUGGGCGCCGGCCAGUCCAUCCAGCAGACCUACGACCUGACCCGCUACCUGGAGCACCAGCUCCGCACCCUCGCCGGCACCUACCUGAACUACCUGGGGCCCCCCUUCAAUGAGCCCGACUUCAACCCGCCGCGGCUGGCGCGUGCCGAGCGGGUGCCCAGCGCCACGGUGGACCUGGACCUGUGGCGGGGCCUGACGGACAACGCCCGCCUGGCCGCCAACUACCGGGCCUACAGCCGCCUGCUCUGCUACCUGCGCGUGCUGGACGGGCAGGUGGGCACGGCCGAGCUGCGCCACCGCCUCGCCCACUUCUGCGCCAGCCUCCAGGGGCUGGUGCUCAGCAUCGGCGGCGUCAUGUCCUCGCUGGGGUACCCGCUGCCCGCCGGCCCCGCCGGGCCCCCCGCGCCGCCCGGCGCGCCAGCGGCCCCCAAUGACUUCCUGAAGAAGAUGGAUGAUUUCUGGCUGCUGAAGGAGCUGCAGACCUGGCUCUGGCGCUCGGCCAAGGACUUCAACCGCCUCAAGAAGAAGGUGCCGCCCGCCGUGGUCACCCUGCGGCUGGAGGCGAGGGGGUUCUGAGUGCCUGCUGGGCUCCCCAGUCCACGGCGCCGCCACGGCCGCGCAGGUCCCCUCUUCCGCCGCCGGUGUGCCUUGAGAAAUGGGGCUCCUGACCCCCAAAACCACCCCGCAACCUCAUCAUCACCUGGCAGUGCCUUGAAAGAUGGGGCUCCUGACGCCAGGCGCCACCACAGCCACCCUGCGGCCCCUCCAUCAUCGUCGUCAUGAUACUGUGCCUUAAGGAACAGGGCUCCUGACCCCAAGUGCCGCCACGGCCGCCCCGUGUCCCCUGUCCACCACCAGCAUGCUUCGAGGAAUAGGGUUCCUGACUCCCAAGUGCCACCACAGCCGCUUCACAACCCCGCUUUCACCACUGUGCCUUGAGUGAGGGGCUCCUGACCCCGAGUGCCACCCACCACAGCCACCUCACAUCCCCUC